AUGUCCUUUGCAGAUAGAGAAGAUCCUUCCACUUUAGUUUUGUUUGACGUCGAUGGUACAUUGACGCCAGCAAGAUUGUCCGUUUCUGAUGAAAUGUUAAAGACUUUGGCCGAGUUGAGAAAAAAAGUCGUUAUUGGUUUCGUUGGUGGUUCCGAUUUGGCCAAGCAAGUUGAACAAUUGGGUCCAAAUGUAUUGGAAAACUUUGAUUACUGCUUUAGUGAAAAUGGUUUGACUGCAUACAAAUUGGGUAAGAAGAUGGCCUCACAGUCGUUUAUUGGCUGGCUCGGAGAAGAGAAAUACAACAAACUUGUCAAGUUUGUUUUGAGAUACUUGUCUGACAUUGACAUUCCUGUUAGAACUGGUACUUUUAUCGAAUUUAGAAACGGUAUGAUCAAUAUCUCGCCCGUUGGUAGAAACGCGUCAACUACUCAAAGAAACGAGUUUGAAGCAUACGACAAAGUUCACCACGUUAGAGAAAAAUUGGUUGACGCUUUGAGAGUUGAGUUCAAGGACUAUGGAUUGACUUACUCAAUUGGUGGCCAAAUCUCAUUCGAUGUUUUUCCAACUGGAUGGGACAAGACUUACUGUUUGCAACACGUUGAAGAAGAACAUUUCAAGACCAUUCACUUCUUUGGUGACAAAACUUACAAGGGUGGUAACGACUACGAAAUUUACCAUGACCCAAGAGUCACUGGACAUGCUGUCAACUCGCCAGAUGAUACUAUUAGAAUUUUAGAUGAACUCUUCAAAUUGAAGUAA